AUGGCGGAUCAUCGAAAUGGACUUGUUGAUCUGGAGGUAGAUAUUGGCAACCUGGGCGGUGAUGGAGCCAAUGUUGGUAAUGGUAAUCAACGGUUGGGCACAGUGCGCGACCGAUUGUUUCAUGCGAUGGUGGUGAAGGUGGCAGUCAGCUACAACAAUCAUAUUAGUCAGAAAUGGCGGACGUUGAUUGAGUUUCUUGUUCUUUCCACGGUAAAUUUUUUUUUUGCUUUGGUUUAGAUGGUAUUGUUAUUGUUUUUAUUAAUUUCUUGAUGAAUUUUAUACGUUUUAAUUAAAGUUUUAGCUAAAUAUUUGUAGAAUAGAAUCUGAUGAAGGUAUUUUUAGGCAUUGAUAAUGUUGUUCACAUUGAUUUACGUUCAUUUUACGCACAGCAGAUAUCCAGGCACCUGUUUGAACAAGAUAAAGCAUAGUUGGCCUAAAAAAGGAAUUUUGCGAGUGGAAGUAAUAGGAAAUCUACAAGAGUUUGAAGAAGGCUUAAUUGACUGUAAGUUAACUUACUUCUUCUUGUUUUACGUUUAGAUUCAAAUGGCACAACGUAUUAUAAUCAAAAGUAUCUUCUCAUGCGAGGGCCCAAGUUUACUCCGAGAGAUUGGACGUUGCGUUACAGGAUAUCUGAUCUGCAAUUUACUUUUGCUGGUGAUCCGUAUGAAGAGGAUGGUAAGGCUUUUUACAAUUUUUGAAAAGAUUGAGUGUUAAUGUUUUAUUAACGAAAUUUUUUAAAUAUUAAUGUAUAUUAUGUGCGAUUUUGAUAGUUUUAUUUAUUUUAUUCGGUGUUUUUGGGAAACAUGAAAUAAAACUAAUAUUUUCAAAUGGAUGUAUUUUUAGAUUACUUAUAUUUUGAACCUAAAGUACAGCCAAUAUUUGUGUAUGCAGUAGAAUAUUCAUUGAGUCACGGCUUGUUGAAGUUGAGCUCGGACAUGAGGAGGUACUACAAUGUAGAGGAAAUGACAUAUAGAGUAAGUUUUUGAUGUUUUACACCUUCUUUUCUCUUUUAAACUUUGAUUUAUCUUUUGUAAUCGACAAACUAAAGUUUAAAGCUAAUAAUAAUGAUAUUAUAGAUUGACGGCAACAAUGAUGUUUGCUUGUCAAGCUGGAAGAACAGAUAUCUGACCAGAUGGUUGAGUGGAGGUAUUGGUGAAGUUAUCCAAUCAUCCUUGAAGUCGCUGGCUGAAAAUGAAACUGACAAAGGAUAUUUGAAGGACUUGAUGCACAUGGAACAUUAUCAUUUUGUCACAUCAUCUGUCUCGCACUACAGCUACAUUACUGCAAUGUUGAUCAUGUUAAUAUUUGUAAGGGUUUUGAUUUUUUUAUAUUUUAGGAUAGAAACUUUUGAAGAAUUAGAAGUUAUGGCUGUUUUCUACUACAAUAUAGCUAAUGAUAUAUAGAUCUAAGCCUUGACGUUUUUUAAAGGUUUAGAGCAAAUGAAAUCAAUUUAAAAUUAAUUUCUUAUGACUAAGUUAAUAUAAAUAUGAUUAUUUUCAGACUUUUGCAAUCUCCAUGCUCUUACGCUUCUCACAUCAUCAAAUCUUCUUGUUUAUCAUUGAUUUACUACAAAUGUUUGAACUAAACGAACCAUUAGUAUUUCCAGUAGCACCUUUAUUAACUGUCAUAUUGGCUUUGGUCGGUAAGUGGGCAACUUUUUAAUGCAAGAACUGCAUUUUAUGUUAGUCAUGUAUAGGUUUAGUAUUUUUAGGACUUUUUAGUCAUUUUUAGGUAAUAUAAUUUGAUUUUUUAAUUUUUUUGGCAAUAUCCUUACCUAAAUUCAAGAAAUAUUGUUGUAGGUAUGGAAGCGAUAAUGUCAGAGAUAUUCAACGACACUUCGACCGCUUUCUAUGUAAUUCUGUUAGUAUGGAUGGCUGACCAAUACGACGCCAUUUGUUGUAGAUCGUCAGUGUCGAGAAAGCAUUGGCUUAGGUUCUUUUAUCUAUAUCAUUUCGCUUUCUACGCAUAUCAGUACAAAUUUGGAGGUCAAUACAAUAUUUUUGCUUUACUGACGUCGGCUAUGUUUAUAUUGGUAAGUUUUACAUUAUUAUUGACUUUAAGUUAACGUAUUUUACGAUUUGAUUUUGAGAUUUGACUAUUUAUACCUAAAUCUAUUGCUUUAGCUGGAGGUUAUAUUAAACUUUGAUUUUUUUGAAAUUUUAUUUAUAGCAUGCCAUGAUAUACUUCUUCCAUCACUACGAAAUCCCUUUGAUUCUACAUCAAGAACAGCUGCUACGAGUUGUUGGUGUAGCUCAACAAGAUGUAAGUGUCAAACUGUCGUUUUUUUUAAUACUAGGCUGUUCAGAUAAUUCUGUGCCUCUCGCAAGUCAAAUUUUUGUGGUUAAGAGGCGCAGAAUUAUUUGCACAAUUUAAUAUUUUUUUACUUUGCCAUAAUUGCCAUCACUUUUGUCUUUAGGCAUCGCAACGCGGAAAUGGAGAACUUAUUCUAGUGAACCGCGGCGCUCCCACUCAGCCCGACCAACAAGAGCGCAUGGAGAAUAUCGAAACGGAUGAGGUUAUUUCCCAACCGGUCGAUAAUCUUUUGGACGUUGAGAUUGUGGAAAGAGUGGCACCGUACGCGUUUCGACCGAAUUCUGAACCUAUCCCAACUGUACAUAGAAAUAUAACGUUUUCGGAGAGGGAUCAGGAUGGUGAACAUGAGGGUCUUGGUGGAGAAGAUGGUCAUGGGGAAGUUAACGAAGAUUUGGGCAAUGGUAGAGGUGGUAAUGGUGGAGGUAAUUUGAAUACUGAGGUCAAUGGAGGCUUGAAUAAUGAUGGAGAAAGUCAAAAUGAAGAAGGUAGACUGAGUAAAGAAGGAGAACAUGGCUUGAAUGGAGGUCAAAAAGAAGUUGUAUAUGGUCAAACAGCAGGGGAGCAAGAUCAUGUUGAAUCAGAUGAUGCACAAGCUUCAGAAACUUUUAAAAGAGUGAAGAGACACGAGGAUUCAGGAGAUAAUGCUCAAAAUGAUCGUAUAGUAAACGAUGAACAUCAAAAUACAGCUAAAGCUGAGGAUGAUGAAGUUGCAAAGCUUGAAGAAGCUAAGCAAGAUUCUUCUGAAGCUUCAGUAGAUGACGAAGAAAGGAGGGAUGAAUCGAAAUCUAAGGAGUCUUCAGAAGACAAGAACUAUGCUUCAGAGACUUCGGAAGGAAAGAACGAUGAUUUAGGAGCUUCACAACUCAGCCGAGAACCUACAGAAAUUAGCAACGAUAGUUUAAAAGGCUCUAAGGGUCUUAACGUAGAUAAUGUAAAGCAUUCAGCGUCACUAGAAGCUUACGAAGAUCAACGACCCAAUGAUUUGACUUCCGAACUAUUAGAAGCUCUACAGCAUCCUGAAACUCAUCAGAAUUUGCCUACAGAGCAGAGUACGGCUACAGAUCAUAAUCGAGCUAUAGAUCAGUCACCGACCAGAAAUCAUGUCUCGGCCGCAGAUCAGCCCCACCAACCCACAACUUCACCUCAAGCAGCUCGAGACGUCGCCGACCGUCUAAUGGAUAACGUGAUUCAAGACCUCUGUUGA